GUGUCCUUCCUUCACACGUGUUUCCAGUGUGUUCUGCUCACUCGUGUCGCCGGUAACGUUCUGCUACUGCUGAGAGGAGAACAAGUUCACUGUUGAGCUCAGCCAUGUUGAAGUCUUUAACCCGCGCUGUCAGUGUCGCAGCUCGCCUCUCACACAGAGCCCCGGUUGGAGCAGCGUCCCGGCCUGUAGAACCGUUCAUCAGAUCCGCGCUAUGCGCUCCGUCCUCGGCUACAGCUCGGCCCUUCACCCGCUCCAUCUGGAUGAUGUGCGGUAAGAACGGCGCGGCUACUACUCGCUCCAAACUGCUCAGCACUAAACACACGCUGCCGUCCUGCGGCUGUGGAGGGCUUCAUACUGAAGGUGACAAAGCAUUUGCAGAAUUCCUCUCAGAUGAAAUUAAGGAAGAGAAGAAGAUUCAGAAGAGUAAGACCCUUCCCAAGAUGUCUGGAGGAUGGGAGCUUGGUCUGAAUGGCACAGAAGCAAAACUUGUUCGUUCUGUUUCUGGAGAGAAGGUGACAGUCACAUUCAACAUCAAUAACAGCAUACCCCCGACCCUGCAGGAGGAGCCAGAACAAGGCCAGAAGGCUGAGGAAAAUGAGCCUGACGUCGUCUCCACGCCUAACUUUGUUGUCGAAGUGACCAAACAGGGGGCCAAAAAUUCCCUGGUGUUCGAUUGUCAUUUCCCUGAGGAUGAGAUCGGCCACGGCGAGGAAGAGGACGAGAGCGAUAUCUUCAACAUCCGCGAGGUCAGUUUUCAGCCUGAGGGAGAUUUGGACUGGAAAGAGAACAGCUACACGCUCAACACAGACUCUCUGGACUGGGCACUCUAUGACCACUUGAUGGACUUCUUGGCUGAUCGGGGUGUUGACAACACAUUUGCAGAUGAGCUGGUUGAGCUGAGCACAGCACUGGAGCAUCAAGAAUACAUCAAGUUCCUGGAGGAUCUCGACGGCUUCGUUAAAUGCCACUGAUGUUCUCAUGUUGUGCUGCCUUUCCUAUUUCACUUUGCUUCCAACUAUUCUGAAAUAUCCAUGUAGGAAAAAAUCAAACACAAAAGGAAAAUGUUUUAUACUUUAUUUUGUGGUAAUUUAAUAUGUGUUGACAUUGUGAGAUUGUUGGUCGGGUGGUUUCCUGGAGUUAGGGAUGAGAGUUUACAUUGGACAUAGAUUAAGCCAUCAGUCCUGGACAAACUUUAUUUAUGAAUCUUUGAAUGGUUAAUAUAAUCCAGAGCUGGACUUAGUUUAUGUCUAAGAGAAGUUGUACUCUGUUAACCUGUAAGGAAAAAAAAUCCUUGACAGAAAAUAUCAGUCAUUCUGCAUUUGGCAUCAGUCCCAUUCUAAAAUAAAAAAUAACAAAUUA